CUUGUUCUCUAUUUGUAUAACUUGGUAUGAACUUUUAUUGAUCUGAUUAUAAUAUUUAUUGAUAAAAUGGAUAUUCUAAAAGCAGAAAUAAUGAAGAAGCGUAAAGAGCUAGAAGAAAGUCACGUCUUGGAAAAUAAUAAGAAGUACUUCAAGAGAAGUCAGUUGAUAUCAAAGCAACAGGAAGUAUAUGAAACUGACAAGGGAAACAAUGAAGCUGUUUUGUUAAAUAUCAGUCAGCAAUCGGAAGAACAAGUAACAGACAGUAGUUCCGAACAUUUAUUGUCCAGGCAAGAAGUAAUUAGACGAUUACGUGAACGGGGAGAAUCCAUAUUAUUGUUUGGUGAAUCUGAGGUAGAAGCAUUCAAAAGAUUACGGAAAUGUGAAAUUCUUGAGCCAGAAGUAAAUAAGGGCUUCAGAAACGAUUUUCAAGAGGCUAUGGAGCAAGUGGAUCAAGCAUAUCUUAAUGAGAUCUUGACAUCUUCUAAAUCCCAAAAUCUUGAUGGAAAGGGAGACGUAAACGUACCUGACGAGAGUGUUACUUAUGAAGAUAUAGAAAAGAUGUCAACUAAACUAAAUAAAGGAGACAAAGACUUUGAUAUGAAUGUCAUCACCCUGUUUGUGCAAUAUCUAGUUCAAAUAUGGGGUAAUCAAUUGAACAGCCGAUCAACUGCUGAGAAAAUGAGCACAAAAGGAAAGAUGAAUAGCGCCACGUAUGCUCAAACAAGAGAGUAUUUAAAACCGCUUCUAAGAAAAUUGAAGAAUAAAUCUCUUCCGGAGGAUAUUACUGACAGUUUAACAGAAAUUGUUAAACAUUUAUUACAGCGUAACUAUAUACUGGCUAGCGACGCCUAUUUACAAAUGGCAAUAGGCAAUUCUCCUUGGCCUAUUGGUGUAACUAUGGUUGGUAUCCAUGCUCGUACUGGUAGAGAAAAAAUCUUCUCUAAGAAUGUUGCUCAUGUCAUGAACGAUGAAACUCAGAGAAAAUACAUUCAAGCACUCAAAAGAUUAAUGACUAAGUGCCAGGAAUACUAUCCUACAGAUCCUUCACGAUGUGUAGAAUACUCAAAAGAAUAGAUUUUUACA